CUGGGGUUGCAGCCCCAAUAGAUGAAAAAAAAGGGCCAAGAAAACAAAGCGGCGACGCCGCGGCCAUAACUCUCUCAGAAACCCAUAGAGCCACUCACUCACUCACUCUUCCCUCACUCCAAACUUGUUCAGACAUAUAUUUAUUCACCAAAACACAAAAUAGAUCGAAGCCACCCACCGAUCUCUGAAACUCCGUCCAAAACCACUCAGAUCUCCGGUCGAUUUUGACCGGAAUCUGACAACCAUGUCACUGGAAGAAACACUUUCCCGGUCACCCCUUGACAAACCUCUCCACCAACUCACUGAAGAUGACAUUUCUCAACUCACUCGCGAAGAUUGCCGACGCUACCUCAAAGACAAAGGGAUGAGAAGACCGUCGUGGAACAAAUCGCAGGCGAUCCAACAGGUGAUAUCGCUGAAGAAGCUCCUCGAAACGACGUCGGAUUCCGACGCCGGAGCUCUGAAGAAGCUCUACAUUCCUCGUCCCCCUCAAAAUCCACAUCGUGUCCCCAAAUCAUCGAGUGUCGAUACGCCAAUUUGUGUAGAAUCGGUUCCUCACCGGCGAAAAGAUCCCGAGGAAUCCGAUAUUUCCGGCGAUUUGUCCGGCCGCGCUGUUGUCGCCGGCAAUGACUCCAUUCCUCCCAGAAUCGCAAGUGAAACAAAUGGGCCAGUAGGACAAAUGACAAUAUUCUAUUGUGGCAAAGUGAAUGUCUACGAUGAUGUGCCAGCUGAAAAGGCACGAACAUUAAUGCAACUUGCUGCAAGCCCAGUCCAAUUUCCUCUGGAAACCCCAUGUGACGAAACUACGACAAGACAAUCUUUGCCAUGCCAUUUACUGGCUGCAAAAGUUGGCCCAGAUUCUCCUGGUGUGAUCUUGCCAAACUUGCAAACAGUGAAUAUAGCUGACAACUGGCGGCUGCACAGGGAGGAAAGCAGCAUAUUUCGUGAAGACAACCCUGCAGUUGAAGGUUCGGGAAGCAGAAAAGCAUCAGUGCAAAGAUAUCGUCAGAAGCGAAAAGACAGAUUCAAGAGCAAGAAAAAGGUGGCAAACCCUUCGUCUGCUAGUUUGGACAUUUACUUAAACCAUCAGAUGGGGAAUCAGACCCAGAAUGAGCGCUCAAACAGGAGUGAUGCAUGCUCUCCACCCCAAAUCAGACCACCCAACACUCCUACCCGGUGCAGCUCAGUGGAUAAUAUAGUGAAGAAUGCCUAUCUUUCUGUUGCUCUCAAUGACAAAGAUAUGCAAGAAUGAAUUUGGGGAAGAUGGUUUUGGUGGGCCAUGUCAGUGGUUCAUCUUCAAGCCAUGUAAGCACUUGUAGGCAUAAUAUCAUUCAAGAUGGCUAGUGAACAUGACAAAAGGAUGCCUAAAAAUGUAAGCUUCCUUGUAAUAUCUUCUUUUUGGGAUGUAAGAUCUACUUUUAUGGUUGCUGCCAUUUGAGUUAAAUGAAGAGAGGAGUCCCAUCUCUACUUUGUUUCUU